CAUUUGUUGCUUCGUCUGAUUCAACACUUUGGGAGCGCACUUGGGUUUUUAGAACAAGCGGUCGUCGUCGUAGCCGUCGCAAAGUUUGAUACAUCCCUCCUUGCCUACGAAUGUCUCGGGUGCCUCCCUGAACACCUUACCUAGAUCAACUUGAGGUAGGGUCCCUCAACGACUUGCAACCGUCGCGAUCCACGCUAGAGUUGCCUACCGUUGCUGGUGUUGUCUGUCCUUUCGCGUCCAAGGCUGGACCAAUUGUUACUGCCUAAACCGCACUCUGGCCUUUUCUCCAAGCCAGUUCUCUAGAAAUAAGUCGACCGCCCCAACCACGAUUUCUGUUCUCGAACCUCUUCAUCGCGCCGAACCUAUAGCCGCGCAAAUCAUACACCACGUUCUACUUCCCGUGGCCGCGUGCCCUGCUUAAAUAGAUUACUAUCGUGUAUCGUCGCAUGCCACUAUUUGCGACCUAAUACGAUCCCACUUCGCGUCUACGGCCUUUUCCACCCCCUUAUACACCAUGGCGGGCUUUGUUGAGCAGCUCUGGGAGUCGAUCUUUACGCCGGGUCCAACGCCGACUCUUCUGUUGGCAACAAACGUCACAUUUGCGUCUCUUCAGCUGGUUCUACUUGCGCUCCUCAUAGCCACGUAUAGUGUGCAUUUUGUUGCAUUGUCGCUCAUAUCGGGGGGUCUAUGGUGGGCUAUCAACUGGUUCGCAGCUGAAUUGAAUGCCGCGAAGGCACAUGAAGAGGCUGAAAAGACGCGGGUCGAGCAAAGGUCUACUCAGCAAGGAAGUGACGAUAGCGAAACAGAAGUCGAAACAAUCGUCUCUGACAGCAACCCGAAAACGGGCAGCAAGGCAGUUGAACCAGCGGCACAAACAGGAGACCUUAAGCACCGCUCUGCAGAGCAUUCAUUUGAGUCAAAGUCUGCCGCCAGUACCGAGGAUGAAUGGGAAAAGGUGUCCGAGAAUGAGAAGGACAAGUGAAGGUGAAAGGCCAGGAGAAGGUGCACGUCCCGGACUGGCGAAUGGCUUGCUAGUUGUAGCGUAUGAUUGUAGAUACCCUUGGACGGGCGGGUUGUGGUUUUCAUGUCUAGUAGCAACUUUAAGCCUGGUACAGACAGGCAGGUCUAUUAUCUGGGUACCUUAAGCUUUUAAGUGUUUAUCCCACAUUGUCAAAGUCUUUUUAACCACCCUACACCCACCAAAAUUAUUUUUAUCUUCGCAGCUGUUUCUCGUACCUCCAUCCUACUGUAUGUAGUAGAUACCUAAUGUGCCUAAACCAGAGGCUGAUUGUGUUCAUAAGUACCAGAUACCCGUGGCAGGAUACGUGUUUG